AUGGUUAUUGUGACAAGAAGUGCGUAUAAAAAAGCAAGUGAAAGCCUAAGCAGUAGUGAUAUAUCAUGUAAAAAUAUAAUUCCUCCAUGGUGUUCAUCAGGGAAAGUUAGUGUGCAAAGAAAAUCGCGAAAAGCCACGUCUCCAUGGGAAGUCCAGUCAUCGUAUCCGUUACGGGAAAACAUCUGGCAGUUUCUCUACGAAGAUAGGGAACGAAAUUGCGCUUGCAAAAGGACGAAGAGAGUCGGACAAAGGAGAAAACACAAAAGAUGCGGAAAAACUGCAGUCAUAAUGUGCACGUUUUUGUUAAUUACCGUGUUUAUGUUGGGUUCAUUAUGGAUAACUAACUCGAUUCCAAAACUGGGCGAAUUAACUAAAUUACUACAAUAUGAUACAUUCAGUCCAUUAUUUACCUAUUGUAUUAUGUUCUGUUGUCUGAUUAGUGUAUGGUUAUGCAGAGAGCUAGCAAAAUGUAUAAUUUAUUCAGUGGCGCCGGAGGCUGUCGCGGCCGUCGAUGAGGAAUGCUGUUACCGGAUGAAGUAUUUGGCUGCGGAACUAUCGCGCGUCGAGAAAACUCUCAGGCACACACUACGCCUACGAAAGGCUGUGAUGCUGACGUCACAGUCUAUUAAAACCGACAGUCGCCUAACCGACGGUGAAUAUAUACAGGCAUCCGCAGUGACAAUAGGCAGAAACACUAUAGAAUGGGGUGGUCUGCUCGCUCUAUGGGGCAUCGUCCCGCUGUGGCGCGCCGCUCGGCCGCCUCACACGAUCCUGGCUUUACGAAGGCCCGCGCCGGCUGACUGCUGGCCUUUCAGUGGAUCUCAAGGCGAAGUAAUAGUAGAUUUGCCGGGGAUACACCAAGUAUGGCGCGUCAGCAUCGAACACGUGAGACCUGACGCCGCUAAGAGUGCACCCAGGCACUUUGUUAUUUACGGCAUUUCCGCAAACAAUACAUGGACAAGAGCCAUAAAUGGAGAAUACAAGAAUGCAGGGCCACCGAAGCAAUACUACGCAAUGAAACACGACAUUCCUUUCAGACAAAUCGCCUUCAGAGUUCUUUCUAACCAAGGAAACCCUAAAUACACUUGCUUGUAUAGAUUUCAUGUGCAUGGAGUUAAAGAUAAUUCGAUACUUAGUUUAGAAAUGGAAUAA